UUCUCAAACCAAAUCAGUCACUCAAAGUUUGAAUCGAACCGCUAUCACCUUCGAGCAGAUCUUGAGAAAAUCUUCCUUGUAGUUUCUACACAGCGAGUUUAAAAUGGCCGGAGCUAAUGUGUUGCAAUCAGCCAUGCUGGCUAGCCCAGUGCUACGUAAUUCUAACCGGGCUAGAGUUAGCCAGCUUGUCUCUACUUCGUAUGCACCAAGGUUGCGUAAAAUGGUCCACACCACCACAGUGAAAUGCAUGGCAGAGGGAGAAAUGAAGGAGAAUAAUAACCAAGAUUUGCCUUCAGCAGAUCCUCUCUCUACACCACCUAAACCUCAACCUACUCCUACUCCUACUCCAAAGCCAAAGGUGAGCACCAAGUUCUCAGAUGUGUUGGCAUUUAGCGGUCCAGCGCCGGAGAGGAUCAACGGAAGGCUCGCCAUGGUCGGGUUUGUGGCAGCAAUAGCAGUGGAGCUAGCUAAAGGGCAAGACUUGUUAACACAAGUAUCCGAUGGUGGAGUCACUUGGUUUGUGGGAACAAGUGUACUGCUCUCUCUCGCAUCGUUGAUUCCAUUGUUUAAAGGGGUAAACGCAGAAUCGAAGUCCAAUGGUGUCAUGACUUCUGAUGCUGAGCUUUGGAACGGGAGAUUUGCUAUGUUAGGAUUGGUGGCAUUGGCUUUCACUGAGUUUGUGACAGGUGGAGCUCUUGUGUAGUUUCCUUUUUAUUUUCGUAAUAUGGAAUUAAAAGGACAUAGCUUUUGAACGCCUUGUAUUAAACGAAAUGAUUUGUUAGCUGCAUAUUGAAAAAAAUUAUUUACCAA